AGUUUGACGUUUCAUAACCUCUAAACUUUAUUUUCAUUUACUUUUUCUACCCGCCGGACAUGCAAGGCGCUCGGAAAUAGCGCAAAUAACAUUGCAAUUCUAAUAUAUUGCUUGUAAACUGUUCAAUUUACGUGCCAAGUGCAACUUUCAGUGAUAAAACCGUGCUGUGCAGUUAGUUCGUGCGGCCGUCGCUUCAAAUAGUUUCUUUGUAAGACCACCAUGUCUCGAGACCGGACCUCCCGUCGGUUCUACCGAGCUGACUCCACCCAUGACCUGCUCUCCUUCAUGGAUCGAGGAGCGGCCGCCAGCGACGAGAACAGGUGGACCUUCGAGACUGCCUGGGAGGCCGCCAAUAAAGUGGGCGGUAUCUACACUGUAAUCAGAUCUAAGGCAUAUGUCUCUACCGAAGAAAUGGGAGAAAAUUAUUGCUUGCUCGGACCCUACAAGGAGCAGUGCGCACGUACGGAGGUGGAGGAGGCCGACUUCCCCCCCAACUCCCCUCUCCACGCCGCUGUGACCGAGAUGAGGAACCAGGGGUACAAGCUCCGCACAGGCACGUGGUUGGUUGAUGGCAACCCCCAGAUCAUCCUGUUCGACAUCGGCUCAGGCGCAUGGCGGAUGGACGGAUACAAGCAGGAACUGUGGGACACAUGCUCCCUGGGCAUCCCACACCUGGACAUUGAGGCGAACGACGCCGUCAUACUGGGCUUCAUGGUGGCGCAGUUCAUUACUGAGUUCAGGAAAGCAGCUGAGAAUUACGCCGACACGCCGCCAAGGGUGGUGGCUCACUUCCACGAGUGGCAAGCGGGCAUCGGCCUUAUUGUGUUGAGAUGUCGCCACGUCGACGUAGCUACGGUGUUCACGACGCAUGCAACUUUGUUGGGGAGAUAUCUUUGCGCUGGGAGCACAGAUUUCUAUAACAAUUUAGAUAAGUUCUCAGUGGACGAGGAAGCGGGAAAGAGACAAAUAUACCACCGGUACUGCAUGGAGCGAGCGGCCGCACAUAUGACGCACAUCUUCACCACCGUAUCGGAUAUUACUGGUUACGAAGCCGAGCACCUUCUCAAGCGUAAACCGGACAUCAUAACGCCAAAUGGGCUGAACGUGAAGAAAUUCUCAGCUCUCCACGAGUUCCAGAACCUCCACGCUUUGGCCAAGGAGAAGAUACAUGAGUUUGUCAGAGGACACUUCUAUGGACAUUUCAACUUCGACCUGGACAAGACUCUCUACUUCUUCAUAGCUGGUCGCUACGAGUUCGGAAAUAAGGGAGCGGACAUCUUCAUUGAGGCUUUAGCUAGGCUCAACCACUACAUGAAGUCGUCCGGCUCGGAGUACACGGUGGUGGCGUUCCUGAUCUUCCCGGCGAAGACCAACAACUUCAACGUGGAGAGUCUGCGAGGCCACGCCGUCACCAAGUCACUGAGAGACACCAUCAAUGACAUACAGCAGAAAGUUGGCAAGAGGAUGUAUGAUACCUGCUUGGGAGGUCACUUACCCGACCCCGCGGAGCUUCUAACAAAGGAGGACACGGUGCGACUAAAGCGUUGUCUCUACGCGCUCCAACGCGACGGCCUACCGCCCGUAACGACACAUAACGUGGUGGAUGACUGGGCUGAUCCAGUACUGAACGGAGUCAGGAGGUGUCAGCUGUUUAACACUGUCAACGAUAAAGUUAAAGUGAUCUUCCACCCAGAGUUCCUGACGUCCACCAACCCCCUCUUCGGGUUGGAUUAUGAGGAAUUCGUGAGGGGGUGUCAUUUGGGGGUGUUUCCCUCGUACUACGAGCCGUGGGGGUACACCCCCGCCGAAUGCACUGUUAUGGGGAUACCUUCUAUAACCACCAACCUGUCAGGUUUCGGGUGUUUCAUGCAGGAGCACAUUGCGGACCCAAUGUCGUACGGUAUCUAUGUUGUGGACCGCCGUUACAUCUCUCUAGAAGGCUCCGUUCAACAACUGGCUCAGUAUAUGUUCGACUUUACAAAACUGACCCGGCGACAGCGUAUCAUUCAGCGAAACAGAACAGAGCGAUUGUCUGACCUGAUGGACUGGAGAAACCUCGGCAUUUAUUACCGCCAGGCGCGCGCCAACGCCCUGAAGAUGGUGUAUCCUGACUACGUGGACCACAUGGACCGCGAGCUCGGCAAGCAGUUCAACUACCCGCGCCCCAUCUCCGAGCCACCCAGCCCUACGCAUUCCAAAUGCACGACCCCAGCAGCAUCAGUGCACGGGUCUGAUGAUGAAGAUGAAGUGGAUGAGGAAAACGAAUUGGCAGAACUGAGGAUCCAGUGAGACAAGGUAUAAAAAAAAUAUAGUUUUUUUUUAAUCAUCGAGAAUUGUAGUACAGUCAUGAGCAAUAUAAUGUACCCACUUUAGGACUCUGUCGCACUAACAUAUUUGACAUUUAGUGAGAUGUACAGUUCAAUUUGUCAAAAAAGUUAAUGUGGCAUGGUACCAAAGUGUAUACAUAUUAAUGCUCGUGACCGUACGUGGAUCUUAGAUCAAGAGUUCUCUAGUCGUCGUCAUAUUGUAUAAUCACGCGUGUAUUCCUGCCAGGGUGGGCAGAGUUGAAGUCUCAAUUAACAGAAUCCGUCGCCUUCUUCUGUCGUGUGGGUUGUGAUUUGGAAUACCAACCUCAUCAACCCUGGUGUCAGGGUUAGUAUUGAGCCGCCAAAGGCCCCUGACAUGGCUCAUGUAACGACUACUUACAUCAGUAAGUAGCGGGACCAACGGCUUAACGUGCCUUCCGAAGCACGGAUCAUCUUACUUUCGGACAAUCAGGUGAUCAGCCUGUAUUGUCCUAACCAAACUAGGGAUCACAAAAUGAUUUUUGUGAUAUGUCCCCACCGGGAUAUGAACCCGGGACCUUCGGAUCGUGAGCUUGACGCUAGCUAUUCCUGGUAUUCGUUCUAAGAUGGAUAUUAUGAUGAACUGACAACUUAACAAAAAAAAAAAUAAAAAAAAAAUGCGAUGUUUUUAUUGGUAACUUAUGUCGAUCUUUUAUCUAAAGAACUUCUUGAUCUGAGAUGUAGAUAGAAAAAAAAAAACAAUUAUUUACUCUUUUUGUAAUGUUCUUAAAAAAAAAAUGAUUUAAUGAAAUAUUGUGUUCUCUAAAUUAAGUCAAAAUUUAUUUUUUAUAUACUUUUUUAUUAAUUUUUAAUUAUUUUUUUAGGCCAGUAUAUGAUUGUUAUGUGAACUUUAGAAUUGUCAACAUUGCCAACAAAAGUACCUCGGAAAAAAAGAUAAAAUUUUAUUUUUCUAAGUAGUUCCUUCUAUAUACUUUGAUAGUAUUUUUAUCUGUAUAUUCGAAAUGAUAUACAGGGUGUUAGUCACAUCAUACCGAAUACUAAGGGUGUUGCUUCAGACCAUGAUUCUGAGUUAAUAUCAAGUGGAAUUUACCAUCGCAAAAUUCAUGAUUUUUUUGUGCUUUUUUAAAUUAUUUUCAAUUCGACACUUUUUGCGAUGGAAAAUCCACUUGAUAUUAACUCAGAAUAAUGAGGUGAAUCAUCCCCCUCAGUAUUCGUUACGAUGUCACUUACACCCUGAAUACAAAGAAAUCGACAUUUUAAUCUGAAAAAUAAUGUCUGACAUAAAAAAUGUGAAAAAAAAAUGUUCCUUUUAUAAAAUUGCAAUAUUUUAACAUAUAAUAAUAUAAGUUUUGCACUUUUUAAGUUUAAGCACACAGAAAUAUAAAAUGCUGUCAUAAAAACAUAAAACAGCCUAUAAAGACGUCGUAACGAAAACUUUGACGGAUGAUUCAGACCAUGGUUCUGUGUUGUAUAUAUCAAGUUGUGUAUAUCAAGUGGAAUUUUCCGUCGCAAAAGUAUGGAACUGAAAUUAAUUAAAAAAAAAAAACAAAAAACCUUCAUGAAAUUUCCGACAGGAAAUUCCACUUGAUAUCAACUCAGAGUCAUGGUCUGAAUCAUCCCCCUCAGUAUUCGUUACGAUGUCACUAACACCCUGUAUAAGUCCCACUGCUGGGCACAGGCUAUCCCUCAAUCAACCGGAGGGAGUAUGGAGCAUACUCCACCACAAAAACGUCAUAAUAAGUAAAAAGAAAUAUCACAAUUUUAAAAUAGGGUUGGUACAAAACAACAUACAUACAUAAACUCACGCCCGUAAUCCCUAAUGGGGUGGGCAGAGCCACAAGUAAUCAAAGACAACUUGCAGCCACUGUUGAUACGAAGUCCAAAGAUGGAUAUGAUGAACCUUAUGGUGAUAGGGGAUCAGCCUAUCGCCCAUAACAUUAGUCCAUCAUGUUAGAGGACACAAUCCCUCUGUCGGUUUUUACGACAUGCCCGGGAAGAGAAGCAGCUGAACGUGUUCUAUGUUUUUUAUAUGCUCCCAGAACAGCAUAGAAGACAACAAAACAACAUAGUGAGGAAACCCACAUUCCCGAGAAAUGCGUUUCGGAGGUAUGUGACCUAACCUGUAUUGGGUUGGUUUUCACUUCGCGGGUUGGAAGGUCAGACAGGCAGUCUAACGUUGAGUUGAUAUUACAACGAAAUUCCUCGUAAUAUCAACUCAGAAUCAUGGUCUGAAUCAUCCCCCUCAGUAUUCGUUACGGUGUCACUAACACCCAUACCAACUUAUAUGGCUACCUGUAUGGUGUAUGUACUUGUAUGGGGUGUAAGUGAUAUCGUAACGAAUACUGAGAGGAGUGAUUCAGCUCAUUAUUUUCAGUUAAUAUUAAGUGGAAUUUUCCAUCGCAAAAGUAUAGAAUUGAAAAUAAUUAAAAAAACACAAAAUCAUACAUUUUGCGAAGGAAAAUUCCACUUGAUAUCAACUCAGAAUCAUGGUCUGAAUCAUCCCCCUCAGUAUUCGUUACGAUGUCACUAACACCUUGUAUAGUUCUGUAAAAUAAAUUGCACUGGGUGUGAUGUGGCCAUUCUGUUUGUCUUCUACACUGCGCUCUUCGAACCAACCCUUUAGCAUAUUUAUGUAUAAAACAUAUAUUUACAUCAAGUUUAUCUACAUAGAAUUUUACAUAAAAAUAUUGUGUUAUACAAUAGAAAAAAGAUUUUAAAAUAAUAAUUUAGAAUUGAUUUUAAAGUUAGGAAGCCUUCCUUACUGCCACCUUUGUAAUCUUUGCACAAAUUGGUGCAAUUUUUGCACAACUUUGUGGCACAACAAACUGUUUGUGCUGGUAAUGCUCUUCGAUUCGGUAGUAUAUCAAGUUGUUUGGAAUUAUACUUGUUGUGAAAGAAUGCGUCAAUCUACAUGAAAUGUUUUCACAAAUUCAUCAUCAUCAUCAUCAUGUCGUCCAAACCGUAUCCGGCGACGGCGACUCCUAAAUAUCUAUCCCGGGUCGUUCUUGUGGUGGGCUCUGAUGUGGCUGGAGAAUCCCAACUUCGACUUGAAGAUCCGGUCACACGACACACAAUAAAGCUGGUCUGAUGAAUUGAGUAGUAGUUAUAGGAGGGUUACGGUCGAGUCUUCCGUAUUUGGCGCUUUGCGUCGAUAUCUUGUAAACGCUCACAAAUUGAGGUGCGCUGGAAGAAUCAUAAGCUGAGAGAGUUCCAUUCUAUAUGUUAUCUAAUAAAUGAAAUUAAUUUGGUACUUAUAACGAUAAUACUAAGGAACUCCUUAGUCUCGAGAUAUAUAAAAAACAUCACAAAUAAUAAUAAAAUACUUUAUUGCACACCACUGGAAAUGUUGUUGCAAAAUUGUGUGAAUAGGAAUAGGAAGAUAAGAAGUGAAUAGGGUUCCAACUAAUCAAAUGAACUUACAUAACAUAACAUAAACUGCCUAUAUACGUCCCACUGCUGGGCACAGGCCUCCUCUCAAUCAACCGGAGAGGGUAUGGAGCAUACUCCACCACGCUGCUCCACUGCGGGUUGGUGGAGGUGUUUUUUUACGGCUAAUAGCCGGGACCAACGGCUUAACGUGCCCUCCGAAGCACGGAAUCAACUUACUUUUUCGGACAAUCAGGUUAUUCAAGCCUGAAAAGUCCUUACCAAACAAAGGACAGUCUCACAAAGUGAUUUCGACAAUGUCCCCAUCGGGAAUCGAACCCGGACCUCCAGAUCGUGAGCCUAACGCUCUUACCACUAGACCACGGAGGCUGUUAUGUUAUGAUGGCAAAUGAACUUACUUUUUACUAAACGUCAAAACACGAAAUUACUUUGGAAUUUGUAUGAAAAAGCACACUGUGACGUCAUAGACAAACAUGACAAAAUGUCGCAUUUAUUACUACAAUUUUCUUUAUUAAUAUUCAUAAAUAAGUUAAAUAGAAAAAAGAAAACGUUUUAUGUCACCUUUAGAUCUGUCCUUAUUUAGUAAUCAGAAUAUCAUAAUUUAUCUUUGACCUAGGAGUACCCAAUUUUCCUAAUUUGCCAAACCGAAACGGCUUUUGCACAAAUUUGUGCAAAUUAUGACAAACUUGUGCAGCACCAAUAAGUGCAAAGAUUUAGUUUUAAGUCUGAAGCGAAUUUUGCAAUUGGAAUUUGUCCAUUGUCUUUUAUUAUUGUGCCAUACGAUCCGGAAUUGUUAUUUAGUGGUUUAGAAAUAAAUAAAUUGUGUUAAAAGAU